CUAGAUGGUGCCCGGUUUGUUUACUUUGGUUUAUAGAAGGCAGACGAUAGACGAAAACUGCUAAAGAAGAGUGAAUAAAGCGAAACAAGGACGAUAGUGCGAAUCUGAUGACGCAUUUCUUCUUAUUUCUGUGGUUUUCGUCGGUUUGGCAUAAUGUCAGGUAUGACUGAAAAUGAAAGAGCCUUCAUUCGGGAAUUUCUGAAGUUAAUGAGUGACGAUGCUGUUCGUGCCCUCGCAUCCACUGUCACUCGGAAGAUGGUGAAAGCAGAAACGAGAAGAGCAUGUGUGGAUGCAAUUGUACUACAUUCAACCUCUCUCGAUGAAUUCCUUAAGCGUCAAAAAGUUACGAAAGAAAACCUUUUCAAAUAUCUUAAUCAAAGAAAAGUAUCUGUACCUAACACAGACAAGGCUGCAUUAGAGCAGCAAAUCAAAGAACUUAUAACUGGUGGGAACCUUGCCCUAUCAAGCCCAUUACAAAGCCCUGUCAGACAAUCUUUAGUUCCUACCUCUCCUUGGGCUGUCGGUGAUCACAAUAGUAGUUUAGGAUCACCGAUGCCUCUAACAAGCAAUCAGCCAUCUGGUGCUCACCUUCCAUUUGCAGACCUCCAUCUCCCCAGUGCUGCUCAGUUGUACUUAGCUGCAACAUCUGCUUCAAGAGUUACCAUUGAAGAAAGAGUUACUACAACCACUUACUCCCAUAUGAGUGGAGCUGCUCUUUUUGCCAGUAUGCCAGAUCCAGACCCUCGAGACUCUGCUAUUAUUACCGAGUUUGCUAAGUGGUUUUACACUCGAGUCAACCAGCCUGGAGGUCUUGUGCCUGAAGACUUCUGGCCUGAUGCUAAUAUUAACAUGAUUGUAAAACGUAAAACUGAUGCUGAUUACAAAGCAGAACAGGGCGGAUCAAAUACAGCUAGACUUCUAAAUCAGAUCUUAGAAGAACAUCAAUUGUAUCUAAAUCCUAACACAAGUGCCCAGGGUAUAUGGGGUCGAGGCAAUGUAGGGGGCCUACUUUUAGUCUUGGUCUGUGGUACUUUGCAUCAACGUGUUCCAGUACAGCAUCGCCCUGGCAUUGAACUUGGGCAAUGCUUGGGAAUGUUUGAAAACUUAUUCCUACUUGCCCAAGAUCCAUUUGCGGAAGACAAUUGGAAAAUAAAAACUUUAGAGGUCAUUUUAAGAAGUAACCCCUUAAUUCAACAACUACCAACAAUAGCUGAUUCUGAACUUGCAAAAACAAUCAGACUAUGAGGUAGUAUGUUAUAUUUUCCUUCUCAUGCAUUAUUACUAAUUUAUUGACAUUAUGUUUGUGUCAAUCUACAUUGUGUCUCCUUUCUAAUAUGAAAUGGAAUGCUUUCUUUUUGUGCUUUCUCUCUUGUCUUCUACAGCUUCUUUCAGUUCAACCUCCUCCAUCACGUAAAAUAUUUUCAAUGAAGCAAGUAAAUUAAAAAUAAAUCAAUGUAUGUUAUGAAUGCUACAGUAUGGAGUAUUCCCAUCCACCUCUUUUUUAUGAUUGAUCAUAUCAAAUGGCAAUUUGAUUGCUUAUGACUUUGUAUGAUAUUUCCCUCGGCAUAUCUGUGGUACUCAGUUUAAAUUUGUCAUAACUCGGAAUAACUUUUUUACAUUUGACAGAUCUAGGUAUGUUCUUAUUGUAAUUAUUUUGGCAUUAGUUUGUCCUCUUACAAAGAUCUCAGACAUCAGAAAUAUAUGUACAUGUGACUUAGGUUUUCCUUCUACUGUGCCUAUGUUCAUUUUUAAGAGUUUUACACCUACUUCCAAGCUACGCAACAUAUUUCUGAAUAUCCUCAUGCUUGUGUGUGUAUUGUAAGUGAAUUCAAAAUUCAAUAUGGUGUUUUAGCACAAAUGAGUACUUCAAAUGACCUGGCAGUAAUUAUAUUGUGUUUCUGCU